AUGACCGAGAGUUAUUUAACUACAGAUAUUAUUGUUAUUAUUGUUUUAGUCGUCGUAUUAGUCUUAGUUGGUGUAUGUGCCUUUUUUACACAUUUUUACUGGACAAAAAUUGGCGUUUCUGAAAUAUGGAAUACAGCAAAAUGGAGUUCAAUGCGCAGUUCAGUAUAUCAUACAAUGCGUCGUUUAAGUCGAGCAAGUAGUAGUAAAUAUGGAUCUGAACGUCCGUUUUCUGCAGCAUCAGCAUAUUCGGAAGAUUCAGAUGGUAGUGCAUUACCAGCUCCUUUACGAAAUAAAAAACCUAAUACGAAUGCUAAUCCAAAUACUCCUUCUCCAGUUCCUCCUCCUCCUCCCCCAUCACAACCUCCUGAUAUUCAUUCAUCGACACCAGUAACUAAUGAUAAUAAUAAUGUACGUCGAAAUUCACGCAAUCAAGUACAACCGGUUUCUACAAUAGCAUAUAAUAAUACAGGAAGAAAGAAUUAUGGAAUUAAAAUAGGACAACCACUUGAAAGUACACAAAUUCGUAAUGUACAUGAGAACGACGAUAAAAAUAAUGGUAUAACUCCUACUGUUGAAACACAUCGUUUUUAA